AUGAGCGAAGGCAGCCAGGACAUCGUCACGAGCACUGCGCACCAUCCGCGCGGCGCUCUGCCCAGCAUGCCAAUCGACGCUUCCGCCUUCUCCCAUCUGUACGCAGACUUUCACACUCACUUCAGCGGCCCUUCCAAUCUCGAGUCGAUACGGUAUCAGCAGCAGUCGCCAAACUUGACCCCGUCCACACAACAUCAGCAGCCUUCUGCUGGCUUGCCGAGCCCGUGGAAUGCGACGAACUCUCUCUUGUCGGCGCCUCAAGCCAGUCAAGGCCUUGCCCACGGCCUAGCAGCAUCCGACUUCGACCAGGGACAGCAUGGGCCCUCUUCUCCCUUCAAUGCUUUCGCCAAUCAGCCGUUUCCCUUCGCUGGUCUCGCUGGUCUCUCCGGAGCUGACCAAGAUGCACAGAGCUACUACGCGCAUUACCUGGCCGAUCUCAGCGCGAACGGUCAUCCGAGCCAUGUUGAGCCCGCCGCAAUGAUGUCUUCAGUACCCUCCGCACACUCUCAACCCGGCUCUGAUGUCCUCGAAGGCUUUGCGACGCCGAGCGAUAUGUCUUCUUUCGCAGCUCAUGCGGCCAACGGUACCGAAGUAGCCAACUCCUCGGUAGGCUCGCCCGACUCAGAAGACGCAGACAGUCUAUUGGACGACAAGAAGAAGUCGGCACGCCGGCAAGGCGUAACGUGCGACCAAUGUCGGACCAAACAUCUUCGAUGCGACUUGGACGAUCGUCGAGCAGACGCUGCGCGAAGCUCAUCGCCAGCUACAGCCGAGAAGGCAGUGAACGAGAUGCAGAGAACAAUUAGCACUGGCACGGCUGUUCACGAGAUUCGAUGCACCCGUUGCGAUGAAAAGGGAUACGUCUGCACAAAGACGCAUGCUCCGCCCUCACGACGGUAUCCACGACCCAGCCGUUCAGGCAAGCGUAUCGAGCAGGCUCGCAUCUUGCACGGCGCUUCUCUCACCGAAGCAUCCAACAUCAAGCCAUUGGAAGAGCGUAUCAACUCUUCGACUGUCCUUAUACGUGCCCUUACAGAGCUCAGGGGCGCCGAGGUGCGCAUCAACGAUCGCGUCAUGGCUGGCUCCCUCUCCAUUCAGCUGCUCAACUGCUUCUUUGCGGUCUGCCACAUGCAGGCACCUGUCGUUGAUUUCGCUCAUUUCAGCAAGACGUUCAAUGCCGCCAACGGCGACCCCCGCAAAAUGUCCAUCAUGUCGAAUGGCGGAUGUGCCGACGAAGGCAUCCCUUCCAUGAUUCCCGCCGUUCAGGGCCUCGAUUCCAUCACCUGGCCCGGAACCAAGGAGAGCAAGAUCGGCACCGCGGGCACCACCGAGGCUCUCUUCGCCGUCCUGCACGCUUGGGCGGCCCACUACACGGACGCGCCGAUCGCUUUCGGCUCAGAGCUCAAGGACCUUGACGCGGCCGACGGUCGCCUGCAAGAGGUGGAUGACAAUGGCGUGGUUCAGACCUCGCUCGACGUUCGCGACGCGGAAGGACCCAAAGCUGGCGCGAAGCGUCCCAAACGCAAGCAAGGUGUCGCCUGCGAUACCUGCCGUUUGCGUCGUGUGAGAUGCGACGUGACAGAGAGGCCGGACGGCAUGGGCUGCAGCCGUUGCGAGGACAAACGCAUCAAGUGCACCGACACCUAUAUCCAGACCAAGCGCGCGAAGCUCAUGGCCAAGUCUUCGAAAGCAAAUGGCGGCGACGGAACUAGUGACGCUCCCGAUUCGUCCGCCGAGCCUCUCACGCCAGAAGCCAACCGGCUGAGUCCGCGCUCCUGGAUCUCCACGCGCAGCGAGGGCUUGAUGCGAACCUAUCGUCGCGGGGAUCUCGAACACAAUCUGCGUCGAGGCAAGGCGAGGAAAGCCUUCUGCCAUGCCCUUCUCAAUCAUGCGCUUUCUCUGGUCCACAAGUACGACAUUCUCACCAAGCCGAGUGUCGAAGGUGUUCAGGUGAUUGCUCUGCUUGCGCCGCUGCUCGAUGGCGUUGAUGGAGAACAAGCCCAUGCCUUUGUCGACACAGCUUGCCGACACAUCGAGAAUCUUGGCAUGUCGGCCAAGCUCGUUGUCGACGAGACGAAUCGACACGCGGUGGAACAUAUGCUCAGCACGAUGCAGGCCCACCGGAUCUACCUCACAAUCUGGACACGGGACUCGAUGGCUUCGGCCUUCAAUCGACGCCGACCCUACCUCGCAGAAGAUCGCGCCCUCGAGGUGGUGGGUCAGGCUACGUUCCGCAAGGAUGCCGUCUCGGUUGCCUCCUCGCCCACGGGUGAAGUGGUGCUGUCCGGUGAGAUGGGGUUGUCGUUCGUGAUCAUGACCAUGGUGCAGAUCGGUGCGCUCUCGAGGUUCUUGGCAACUCAUAUAGAUUCCGCUGAGGGCUCCAAGCCGUCCAUCCCACCGUGGCAGCGUCCUGCGGGUGCGUCGAUGACACCUACGCCGCGUCCCGCACGCUUCGCCGCCCGCCCUUCGCUGGCCGAGCUGCGAAAGCUGGAACGAGCCUGCGGCGCCGUCUGGAAUAGCCUCGACUCGCUCAUGCUCUUCUUUGACCGAUGUGCAUCCAAGGCAUGGUCCACCAUGAACAGCCUCCAGCCGUUCCGUCCGCUUGGCUGGAUUGCCAGCAUCAAGCUCUGCGGCUCGUUGCUCUACCUUGCGCUUUUCCGGGCGCUUGGCGAGCGUCACCGAGCCAACGCCGCGCUGAUGGCCAGCUUGAGUCACUCGCUAGGCACAUCAAGCGCCGUGUCGGAAGAGGACAAGCUUGUGGCCGCUACGCUCAAGGCUCUGUUCGACAAGAGCAUGCAACGCGCCAUCGUCUCUUGCCGAAAGACAGCCCGUCUGUUUGGCAUUCUGCUGCCCUUGGGCAUCCUGCAGACCGGCGGACCUUUCUUGCGACAAAUUUUCCCCGUUGCCCAAUUCCUGGCCAAGAUCCCGAGCGUUUCGGAGGAGGAGCUGGUCAGCCGAGCGAAUGGGCAGGGUACAUCUGCGGCGUCCUCGUUCGACGACGGCAACUUCAUCGACCCGCAAGCCUUGCUGCAGCAGCAGCAUCAGCAGAUUGUCGAAGAAUUUGCUGGGCAGGACUCGCAGCGAGAUAGCGUCCAGGCUGCUCGCCUCGCCCAUGCUCUCAACGAUCCCACAUCCAGCGCUCAUCUGGAGAUCCUGCACCAACUGGAAGACAUGCACAAGCUAGAUCUCGGUCCGUACACACACAGCUCGAAGAAGAAGGAGGUGGACAACAUGAUCGAGGCGCUCUCGCAGCUCGGCUAUGCCUGGGACACGAUGGACCGCGAAAUUGGUGUCAUUCAGGAUUUGAUGCAGUCGUCGGCGCCUGCCAUGGCUCUGUAG